AUGGCUUACAGAGGCGGACGCCGAAAAGGCAGCAAGAACAAGCCAGGCCAUCUCGCAGGAGGCAAGCGAGCAGGAGCAGGACGACCGGCUAAAGACAAGAGCGAAAGGGACGAGUAUGAGGACGGGAGCAUCGACCAAGGCGAGAUCUCGGGCCUGCGUGACAUCAAGCCUGCCACUAGGUCGAGAUUGCCGAGCAAGGGCACUUGCGUCUGCACCUCGACAAGCAUUCUCGUACUCUCGCCCCAGCAAGCAGAACCAGGCGUCAAACCAGACGGUGACAUCCCCACGGACAACCAUCCUCUUGCCUCUACGUCCGGCGCAAACCAUGCAGCUCCUCAACCUGAUGGCCUACCCGUCGAUGACCGUGCCGAUCCUGCAGGCGGGGACGGAGAGGCUCGCAACGCUGCAGACACGACAGAGGGACAUCCUAUCGAUCCUGCAUUGACACAUCUCGCGGAUACAGCCGGCGCUGCUGCUGCCGCUGUUGCUGCUGUCGCUCGCGGUUCGCAAGCAGAUCACGCGCUGUCACCGGGCGAUGAUGACACACAUGGCCUCCUACAGGGCGAUAUUGCUGUCGACAACAGCACAGGAACGACGCGAGACCUACUCCAAGCCGGCAUCUCCGGCGCAUUGCUCUAUCCCAACGGUCUAGGUCAGCCAGGUUCGAGUACAGAUGCCACUCAGCCGCCUGCUCCCAUCGAGCUGGAUGAUGCAGCCUACGGCAAACGCGUUCAAAACCUCGUCGCUCGUCAGCGCGACACUAACAGGCUCACCCACGGUCUCGAUUGGCCAGACUGCUAUGUUUCUGGCCGCUUCUACUUUGCGCCUCCGCAGCCCUACUUCUUGAAGACCUUCCCCGUGAGCGCAAUCUAUACCGAAUUCUUCGGCGACCCCCGAGGCUACCGCGAUGUCUAUAGUCGGGACUGCUUCAUCUGGCUGCCACAUCUCCUGGUCGAGAAGGACCUGCUCAAGUGUAAAUGCGGCGCCGCGCUGCGUCCACAUCAUUGGAACCCGGUGAGAACGUUCAAGCGCGUCGAUGCGCCUGCACUUUUGCUCACCUAUCGCUACAAGUGUCCCGUCAAUCCUUGUCCACACGCUCGUAUGACUCCCUCGGGCCAGCCAGGCUCGCAGCGUACAGUCUCGUCUACCCAAGUCGAAUUGAUCGAGCAACUGCCGGCUGCGCUACAACAAGAAUUCUUCUUCCAGCGCGAGUAG